UCUUACACACUCGCUUUACACCCCUUAAAUAUAUGUCACAACUCUACACCUAUAAUUCGCAAACACAAACACACAGAAAGAGAUCCUCAGCCAUAUUUGGUGGGAAACCUUUGAAAUCAUUGAUGUUGACUAAUUGGAGAGAAAGGAAUGGACAGAAUAAUUGAAAAGACCACUGGCUUCCUGGCUCCUGGUCUGUAAAACUUUCCUUUUGCAGAGGAGGGAUUCACUCGUUCAUGGAAGGAUAACUGAAGCUAAUCUUCUGCUUAUAUCUGUGACCUGUUGCUUGAGUGACAUUGAGAUGUGCCACAAGAGAUUUGCAUAUUGAGGAACAAGGAACUGGUUAUAAAAUAUCGCUUUAACAUUUCUUUUUUUUUUUGGUGUUUUUUUUUUUUUGUUUGUUUUUUUCGUGGUUUGGACACUGAGAAAGCUGUGGGAAGUACAACUUGCAAAUUGUUUUGCAAGCCCAUUAAGAUAAAGUAUUAUCUCCACUGUUGUUUAUUUUCACUCACUGUUUGGAAGAGAGAAUAUUUAAGUCAUGAGUACAGCCAGAAUGGAAAAUCCAGUGAUUCUGGGACUGUCGAAUCAAAAUGGCCAAAUGCGAGGCUCUGUGAAGCCAGCAGGUGGUCCUGGAGGAGGUGGAGGGGGGUCCCAAACAACGCUGCCAGCCCAGGUCAAACCCUCCAGCACAGUCAACAACGGCGACUCCCAGUCUGCACCCACAGCCAACACUAUCAUCAAGCCUGGGGAUGACUGGAAGAAGAAUCUAAAGCUUCCGCCGAAGGAUUUGCGCAUGAGAACUUCAGAUGUGACGGCAACCAAGGGAAACGAGUUUGAGGAUUAUUGCCUGAAACGGGAGCUGCUUAUGGGCAUCUUUGAAAUGGGCUGGGAGAAACCGUCACCCAUACAGGAGGAGAGCAUUCCCAUUGCGUUGUCUGGGAGGGACAUUCUGGCCAGAGCCAAGAACGGCACAGGAAAAAGUGGCGCCUACCUCAUUCCCUUACUUGAACGCAUUGACCUGAAGAAAGACAGCAUACAAGCGUUGGUUGUUGUGCCCACUAGAGAACUGGCUCUACAGGUGAGCCAGAUAUGUAUUCAGGUCAGCAAACACAUGGGCGGGGUCAAGGUCAUGGCAACAACAGGUGGAACCAACCUCCGUGAUGACAUCAUGAGACUUGAUGAAACAGUGCAUGUUGUCAUUGCCACUCCAGGAAGAAUCUUAGACCUCAUCAAAAAGGGAGUGGCCAAAGUCAAUCAAGUUCAGAUGAUCGUGUUGGAUGAGGCAGAUAAGCUCCUGUCACAGGACUUUGUACAGAUGAUGGAGGAGCUUCUGAACUGUUUGGCCAAACAAAGGCAAAUUUUGCUGUAUUCUGCCACCUUCCCACUGAGUGUGCAGAAGUUCAUGAACACCCAUCUGCAGAAGCCCUAUGAGAUAAACCUGAUGGAUGAGCUGACCCUGAAGGGGGUUACUCAGUAUUACGCCUAUGUGACCGAAAGGCAGAAAGUCCAUUGCCUUAAUACUCUGUUCUCCAGGCUCCAGAUCAAUCAGUCUAUAAUCUUCUGCAAUUCAUCACAGCGAGUGGAGCUCCUGGCAAAGAAGAUCUCUCAACUUGGAUACUCCUGUUUCUACAUUCACGCCAAGAUGAGACAGGAACACAGAAACCGUGUGUUCCACGAUUUCAGAAAUGGCUUAUGUCGAAAUCUCGUCUGCACUGAUCUCUUCACAAGAGGAAUUGAUAUACAAGCUGUGAAUGUGGUGAUCAACUUUGAUUUCCCCAAACUUGGGGAGACGUACCUCCAUCGCAUUGGCAGAUCUGGCCGAUUUGGACACUUGGGUCUCGCCAUUAACUUGAUCACUUACGAUGACCGCUUCAACCUGAAAGGUAUUGAAGAACAGCUGGGUACCGAAAUCAAGCCCAUUCCCAGCAGUAUUGAUAAGAGUCUAUAUGUGGCCGAGUACCACAGUGAGAGUGGAGAGGAGGUUAAACUGUGAGCAGGAGAGAUCACCAAUCCUUUGUCCCCUAUCCCCACCUUUUUUUUUUCCUUCCCUACUGUGUCUAGGGAAUAGGGGAUAUUUUUUGGUUCGUUUAAACUAUAUAUCUUCCGUCUGUCUUCCUUUUCCCACACUUUUUUUUUUUUUCCUUUCUUGUUUGGUGCCACUACAAAGGAAUGUGAUGUUGUGACGGCCCAAUAAUCGGGAAGGACUCAUGGCCUACUAAAGGACUGCUGCACCAAUAUUUUCAUCCCGAAGACUUCAAAUCACUUGAGGGGAAGAGGGGACAUGAGGAUUUAUCACCCAAGAAAAAAAUGACUACUCAUCGCCUGCAAGCACAUUCUCAACCCACUCUCUCUCUGUUCCUCUGCUCAUCUUCAUGUUUCUAGUCAUUUGAAACAAGUGCCUUAACAAGCAGUCUAACUUGUUCAAAAAGUAAUAACCUGAUGAUUUUUUUUCUCCCCUCAUAACUCUUCAUUUGAAGACAUAGUCUUGAUUUUUCUCUGGAUUUGGUAUUGCUUGUCUGCCCCCUCCCGUUUGACAUCAGAAGAAUAAUUUUGCAUUUGCCACCUCUAGAUUUUCGGGGCGAUGAAGAACAGGAUUUCACAGCUGGAGAGAGGAUGGGGCAGCAUGUGCGAUUUGUGCAGUCUCUUGUGUACUUGACUAUGGUGUGAAGAGAAGCCCCCUGGAGAACUGAGAUGAUAUCAGUUGGCAUAAUGACAAUAAUAGGGGCUAAUGUUCCUGUGGCAAGCUUUCAAAAGCCCCACAAGGCUCCCAAUGGCUUUUUUCCUUCAUCCGCUCAUGGAACAUGCCAUGCCUCUAGAGACCCAUAACUCUUUCCCCCUCUGUCUUCAGUGGGCCAACACUAAGAGACUUGACCAGACUCAGACCAGCCUUUCUCCUUGGCCAUGAGGACUCCCACUUUGAGACGAAUGUGGACUUCUUGCUUUUUUGUUUCCCUCCCCUUUCCUCCUGAUUUCAGUGCGAUAGGCAUUCUGUCCUAAAUGUGCCAUUUAUACAGAUCUGGCACAUUGUAAACAUUUUGUAAAUACUUCAUUUAUUAUUAUUAUUAUUUUUUAAUGGAUUGUUUUAAAACAAGCUAAAAAGGCUUGAUGACCAUUUGAGAAGAAUGUUGGAAAGAUCUUUUAAAAUCAGGAUUCUGUCAGCACUGGGCGGCACUAUUUUGGUUAUGCCCUUUUUUCCCCAGUGGGAAAUAAGUUUAGCAGAGUAUAAGCCUCUCCAGGUAGUGCACCACCCUUGUUUUGUUAUAACAAAAAAAAUUGGCUUUUUUUUUUUUUUAAAUCCAAGAAUACUUUGUUCAGCAGUUUUGAGUGUUAGCUUCUAAGCGUUUCAGCAGGUGGUGCACUUGUUCACUCUAAAUUAUUAACUCUGAUCCGUUCCCCAGUGUUGACAAAAGUUCCUGAAAUGGGUUGCUCAAAUAAAAGGCCUCGUUUAAGGGUUGUGAAAAAAUGAGGCUUAUUUGCUUUCCAGCAUUUUGCUUGUAACACUGACUUAUGAGGCACUCAGCAGGGUCCCCUAGCCUGGGUGACUCUAAACAUAGAGGUAAUUUAAUAUUUUCAUCAUGUAAUAGAGCUACUCGCUGCAGUGCAGCUCAAAUUGGCAACGUGCAAAAAUGUUGAAUUUAUAAGCGAGAUGUGUAGCUGUUACAUGGGGAUGUGUUUCUCUGCCACUGGCACUAGGACUUGACUUUAAACAGACUGGGGUGGGAGGAUUGAAUGGCUUGGAUGUUCACAUUGGAAAAAGGAAAAAUGGACAAAAAAAAGCAACUGGAUGCCAAGACUUCUAAACGAUGGACUGACAAUGUAGCGGCAGAGACAUGCAGUGCAUCGUGAGUCAGGAGGCUUUUUUUUUUGUUGUUUUUUGUAACAAGACCAUGUUCUUGAGAUGCUGCACAGACUUAA